CGAAGCGGGCGGCGGUUGGGGCGGAGAGAGCGGCGGCAGCGGCGACAUGGAGCGGGCGGGGGCGAGCGAUGAGCGGAGAAAACAGCUCCAGGACUACCUGGCAGCCAAGGAAAAGCUGAAACACCUCAAUACCAAACCCUUUCUAAAGGACCAGACAAAUCACUUAAAUCCAGCCUUAGAACCCAUUUCUGAACUGGGGAAUGCUGACGGGAUCAAGAAGGAUGUCAGAAACACAGUGAAAGGCACUCAAAGGGGUGGCAAGCUCACUGCCAAGUCCACACAGCACCGAGAGCCCUCCAAACCCAUCCACGCUGGCCACACUCCUCAGCACGACCGUUCAAAUAUGUCUCAGAGGGCAGUGGUGCGUCCAGAGCAGCCGAGGAAGACUGCAAAGCUUCCUGUGGGGCUUGUGCCAAGCAUGAGCCACUCUACGCAACUCAGAGGGAGACCCUCAACUUCAGUCUCUGGUCACCUGGAUCCAGAAAAGAACAAGAAGCCUGUACUGAAGGUUGUCACUGCUGCAGCACCUCAGACUGGAAGUGACAACUCCGCUCUGGGGACAUCUUGCUCCCUCAAUGAGGGCCUGCAGGACAGGCUGGUCUGCAACAAAGAAAACGUCCGUGCACAAACCUCUACACACCCUGUGCUGAACAGAGUUUUUCAGUCUGAUAAAAACAGUUUUGGGAGCCGGAAAGUCUCGGCUCACAGGCAAAGCUCAGCCAUCACGUCAAGAACCAUCAUGGGCUUGAAGGAUGGAAUUGGCAGCCGCCAGGCUAAGGAGCAGCCAAUCCAAGAUAAAUUCAGGAAAACACUGCCAGGCUCACAGAGCGUGUCUCAAAAACCAAGUGUCAAAACUCAGCACUCCAGCAGGCCCCUGCAAAUGAAAAGUUCUUCCACAAAGCCUCCGCCCUCCAUCCAGCACCAGAGGACCACAAACCCAAAAUCCAGCCUGAAGCCAGAUAGCGCUGUGCAAUGGCAAAGGCCCAUAGUGAGCGGGAAGGCAGAUCGGAAGGACACAAAGGUGGUGCCUCUCGGAUGCACAGCAGCGUCCCAAGCAACAGCCCCUCAAAACCAGCCUCGCAGCACAUAUGGCUUCAAAACUCAAACAACUGGGAGCGAUUUUAGGAAUACGAGAGACAGGCUUAAACCAGAGCUGCUGAAAGCAAGUGGAGUACAGGCUAGGCGGGUUCCCAAGACCCCAACUGCUGCAGAUCGUAAGAAACAGCUGGAGGAGUGGUUGGCAUCCAAAGGGAAAGCCUACAAGCGGCCGCCUAUGGUACUGCUUCAGAAAACAGCAGUGAAGCCACCCUGUAGAAAUGCGAAGGAGAAAGAGAAGCAAGAGAAACCAGAGGAGCUCUUCCUAGAGAAGAUUGACAACCUCCUGACUGAGUGCCUGAAGCUUGUUGAGGAGGGUGCCCAGGCAGAGGAGCUCUCUGCACUGCUGUCCCACGUGCCCCUGGCAGAGAAAUUUGCCAAGUUCUGGAUCUGCAAAGCAAAACUGCUCGCCCGGAAUGGCCCUUUUGAUGUGACGGGGUUGUACAAAGCUGCUGUCUGCGCUGGGGCUGUGGUGAGUGAGCCACUCCAGGAGCUCAGAGAGGUUGUCCUUGAUAUUUUGAAGGCUGGAGACCAAACAUCCGAAGGGGAAAAGGCUGAGGAGCCCAUUCCUCAGAAGCCUGCAACGCCUUGCCCGAGUGAGGGGCAGCAUGAGGCAGCGACUCCCCGCCAGACCGGGACUUCCCUGACCAGCCUGCCUGUCUCCAUCAAGUUAAAAGUUACGUCUGCAUCCAGAGGAAAGGAGUUGCUAGAAGGCCGGGAGCUGAAAUUCCUGACACCUGUGCGGCGCUCGCUGCGGAUAGAGCAGGUUGGAAGCCACUACCCAGAGAUGCUGAAGGACCAUGACCCUGUGGUUUCAUCCCUCAGUGAAAUCCUGGAUGCUGAAGAGGAGACUCAGUUCUUCUUCCGGAAAAACAAGGCUUUGCCAGAGGUGGAGGAGCUGGAGGGGUUGAGUUCGUAUCCCCCAGAUUGCUGCUGAGGGGUCCUGGUGGGGUACAGGCUGCUCGCUCUCCUGUACCGCUUUGCACAUGCUCGGCUGACUUAUCUUGCUGUCUCUCAUAUGUAAAUACGUGAGAGUGGCAGAAAACAAACCUAUUUCAUAUGUAAAAGCAUUAUUUUAAAUUAAAUAAACAAUUGUUGUAGAGAUGCAGUGUGGCCUGAUGAGCAGUGUUGGAGACGCUCAGGAGGGGCUGGAGCCCUGGGCUGUGUCCCCUGCAACAGCUCCUCUGCUGUGACGCAUGUCCCUGUUUUCCUGCUGUAGGAUGAUGUGAGUCACACUCUGCGGUGUUCCAGGCGCCUUCCAGUGUUUUGGAACUAAUGUCCAGAGGGAUUUGCUCCAGAGCCGCGUUGCAUCCUACCUGGACAGCAACCGGAUGUUCUGUGCCAAGCGGAACACACAGACCCCACAUCUUGAGCCACGUGCAGCAGCACCAACUCUGCCAAACUGGGGAGAGGGUGGAGGGGCUGGGGUACCAUGGGACCACCGCAGCUUCCAUACGGGCCCCAAGGAGGCCAAGGGCAGCAAAUGCAAGGGGAGAGAGGCCCUUAGGAUGCAGUGGUCUGAGCUCUCAGAGCCCUGAGUCUGGCUGAGAAUCAUAGAAUCACCAGGUUGGAAAGGACCCACCAGAUCAUCGAGUCCAACCAUUCCUAACAUUCUCUUAAACCAUGUCCCUCAGCACUUCAUCCACCCGUUCCUUAAACACCUCGAGGGAAGGCAACUCAACCCCCUCCCUGGGCAGCCUCUGCCAGUGCCCCAUGACUCUUUCUGUGA